GCCGCGUGCAUCCGUCGCUCAAAGUAAAAAAAAAAUGGGUGACUCCGCGGAGAAAAUGCUUGAGGGGUACAAGAGGGAGGAUGAGUUUAUGGAGAAAGUGAACCAAUGUGGUGGGUUCGAUAUUGAGCAUAUAACGGAAAAGAAACCAGGAUGUUUUUGGGCUGCGGAGAUCGCAAAACAUGAAACCGCCCCCAAGGACAUCGUCCUAUAUGCUAGGUUUGGGAUCCAUAAGUACAAUAUGAGCCAGGGGACUAACUUGCAGCUGCAUCGCAUAGAGAAAUACAAUUCGUACACUAAACAUUGUUAUGCCAUUCACUAUGUAACCGCAGUUGCAAAGGAUCCAUCUGCCGGCGGUUCCCUUGUAACUUUUCAGACCAGUUGUUAUGAAGAAGGCGUUGGCGUCAAGAGGUUGUCUUGUUUUAUUGCUAGACCUAAGACUGGACCACAUGUUACCCUCGAUGAAGAUGAUAGUCCACUCACUGAACCUAUAGACAAAAGUAGAUUGCCUGAGUGGCCAGGAGAGAAUGCUUUCGAGGAUAAAAAGCAUUAUUACGUGGUGAAGAAAUCAGAGGUUCGAAAAAAUGAUUGGAUUCGUUUAUACUUGGAGCUUGCAUUCUACACUGCAAAUUUGGCCCUUCCAAAUCUUGAUCUGUCGAAGUUGGUCAUUACUAAAGUAGCCGUGUAUAGUAGCGACGAGAGCAUCGUUGUGCCAAACGAGAGACUCAAUUCCAGAAAUGCAAUCUUCUACAUCAAGUACAAGUACUGCCCACACAAAAAUAAGGCUCAUGGUUGCAAGAGAAUACGUGAUCGCAUAGCUAUAAUAAGAAGAAAGUUUGACAAGUUCUCUGGUGAUAUCACUCUCACGUUCGAGGGUACUUGCGAAUGGAGGCGCACUUUUCUCUAGAGCAGAGGAUGGCCAAUCAAUCCUAUGGCCUUGACUCGUUGCUCGCUUCUAGUUAAGUAAUUAUAAGGCUAGAUCCAUUAUAAAAUGUGGAUCACGUAAUAAAAUUAUUAACUAUUGCCAAAGCUUAAACGGUCGUUUCGAUUCUUGAGUCGGUUGUGGUUUUUGUUGCGCAUGUUUUAAAUUACUUUUAAAUAUUUGGAUAUUUUGAGGUUCACUGUCUUUUGUUUCAAAUUACAUGAAAUAUUUGGAUAUU